GGGAAAAGAGCAUCGGUCUAUGUACUGUUCUUACGCCACUAGGGCGGCGCUAGAGAGCAUGCCGAUGAUGUGAGAAAAACAAAAAGCAAGACGAAGAAGAACCGCUGCACAACAGUACGCAACUGUCGCUGUAUACUAUCAAGUUUAUAAACGAGAGCCACCUUUUGCGGGUAUUCGUUUAUGACUAAAGGUGCGUGGUAGGCUUGCAAACCGCUGCUGACACGGACUGGCUGGAGCUCGACACUAGUUUGCCACCGCUCGGUUGUUGUUAGCUCGUUAUUAGCUUCCUUAGCUUGAGACUCUAUCGGCAAGAUGAGCGACGAAGAAGCGUCGAGCCGCAAAGACUCCUCCAAGGCCAUCCUGCUCACCAAGGACGGCCAGCGCUACAUCGUGGGCGACAGCCGCUCGGUGGACAGCCGCGACGUGAUCACGCUCAUCCCCAUGGAGGCCACCGCCGCCGCCGACCUCAUGGACUUGGACGACGCCGACGAGGAGAUUGACGUGCUGGACGCGUCCGACCCGCGCGACAGCGCCGCCAGCCCGGAGGAGCUGAACGACGACGAGGCGUCGGAGGGCGACGGCGCCGCGCCCAAGCAGUGCACCUACGACGGCUGCACCGAGACCACCACGCAGGUGGCCAAGCAGCGCAAGCCCUGGAUGUGCAAGAAGCACCGCAACAAGAUGUACAAGGACAAGUAUAAGAAGAAGAAAAGCGACCAGGCCAUGUCCACCAACAAAAUGGACGACAACUGCGAGGAGCGUCCCGUGUCCGUCAACAAGCAGCGUCUGGGAGGCAUGGGGGACCGGCCCGCCAGACCCUCCCUCAUCGAGCAGGUGCUCAACCAAAAGAGGCUGUCCCUGCUGAGGAGUCCCGAGGUGAUCCAGUUCCUGCAGCAGCAGCAGCACGUCCUGGCGGCGCAGAGUCGAAGCCUGGCGCUGCAGCACAACUUCAGCGGAUGCUGACCGUCAACCACCGGAUUAUUUUAUUUAUUUAUAAUAUUGACGUUUGAAAGGACAUCGGUCCAAGAUGCCUUUUUGGGCCCUUUUUUUUUUUUUUUUUGACUUGUUGAUGAUUUUGUUGUCGUUGCUGUCAAGUCGAAGUCUGCUGAUAUUUGACGUUACACGAACGGAAGAAGAAAAGAAACGUCACGAACCGAGGGAGUAACUUUUUAUCACCCGAAUAUGAUCGUAAGUAGCUAUACAUGCCAGAAGAUAGCAGCAGAUAUGAUUGAAUAUACAGUAAACAUAUGCAUGUGUACUGUUUUAGUAUAUGCACACAUUUAUUCGUGUACAUGUUUUGUACACUUAAGAAUGCAGAGUUUAUACAUGUAUUAAUAUAUAUAUACUGUUUGGGUGUACACGUCCAUUUACUUAGAAAAAAAUGUCACGAUUGCGAUGAGAAUUAU